CCCUAGACUCCCUCUAGGGUUCCCCCCACCCACCCCACGAUGCCUUCCUCCCCCAAGUUCUUCCACCCCCGCCAACCCCCCGCCGGCCGCCGUUCAACGGUCCGCAUCAUCUCCUUCAGCCUCGUCUUCGGCCUCUCCGGCUUCAUCUUCGGCCUCAUCGCCCUCCGCAGCAGCCAGUACCGGUGCCUCGCCACCCCCUCCAGAUCGGUCCGCAUCGUCUGGGAGAAAAUCGCCACCGCCAAAAGCAACGACAACGGCCUCGUUCUGAGCUCCACAGAUGCCAACACCCGCCGCCAUAAGGUCAUGGGCUUCGUCGGCAUUCAGACCGGGUUCGGAUCCGUCGGAAGAAGAGAGUCGCUUCGGAAGACUUGGAUGCCGUCCGAUUCUCAGAGCCUUCAACGAUUGGAAGAGGCCACUGGUUUGGCGUUUAGGUUUAUUAUUGGUAAGAGCAAGGAUGAAGCAAAGAUGGUGGAGCUGGGGAAGGAAGUGGCGCGAUACGAUGAUUUCUUGCUGUUGGAUAUUGAAGAGGAGUACAGUAAGCUCCCCUACAAAACAUUGGCUUUCUUCAAAGCUGCGUAUGCGCUUUAUGAUUCCGACUUUUAUGUGAAAGCCGAUGACGACAUUUAUUUGAGGCCAGAUCGCCUUUCAACUCUCUUGGCAAAAGAGCGGUCUCACUCUCAGACUUACCUUGGAUGCAUGAAGAAAGGUCCAGUCUUCACGGAUCCAAAGCUUAAAUGGUUUGAGCCACUAGGGUAUUUGCUGGGGAGUGAAUACUUUUUCCAUGCUUAUGGUCCACUGUAUGCUCUUUCUGCCGAUGUUGUUGCAAGUUUGGUUGCUCUUAGGAAUAACAGUUUUCGGAUGUUUAGCAAUGAGGAUGUUACAAUUGGCGCGUGGAUGCUUGCAAUGAAUGUCAACCAUGAGAACAAUCAAGCACUAUGUUCGCCAACAUGUACAGGAUCAUCCAUUGCUGUGUGGGAUAUUCCCAAGUGCUCAGGGCUCUGCAAUCCGGAAAAGAAAUUGUUAGAACUACAUCAAAUGGAUAGCUGUACAAAAAGUCCAACAAUGGAAUCGGAUGAUGAGUAGCAGUCUUGCAUCUGUUUGCUCAUUCAGGAGUUAAUCCUUGUAUAUUGCAUGAGUUUGUUCUUAUGAGUUUGUCCUAUUUUGAUAGGCCCACGCGGCCACGUUUGGCCGUUAUACGAUGAAAAACAGAAAUCUGUAGUCCUUGUGUUUAGGGUGAAGGAUAGAAAGAGAGGAAAGUGUGGAAAAAGGGUAAGGUUCGCAGUUGCAGGAUUUUAGUAACAUAAGUAGUUGCUGGUGUUGUAACGUAAUCAUUCAUCUUAAUUUUUAAUUCAAAAUAUCAUUCUUUCGAAUUUCCGGAUACAUGUCGAAAAG